AUGGCUCACCGCCACAAUGCUAAGAUGCCAGGCCUACGAGUAGCACACGCUCCCGCGGUUACUCCUGGCCUCGGCUUCAGCUCAACAGAGCAAGGUUUGAGGAUGUCAUCGUCGAGAGGGAAAAAGGAUGAUCGUUUCGUCACCAGAGCAAUGCUUGAGGGUUUCACUGAGCACGCGUUAGAUGUCAUGGCCGUCGCACAAGAGGAGACACGGCUUUUUUUAGGCCAGCACAACCUUGCAAAUGUAGCACGUAUCGUCGCACACACCAUUGUUAUAGUUGCUGUGGGCUAUGCGCUUGAUGAGAUCUUCCGUAGGAUUUUUCAAGCCACGCGUGGUCAAGCCGUUGGUGCUCGUGUUGUGGCAGGAAGCAGUGAAGCUAAGAUGCCGACACUCGAGCAGUAUGGGACGAAUCUUACAAAAUUAGCACAGGAGGGGAAGCUAGCACCUGUUGUCGGAAGGGAAAAGGAGAUCGAGAGCGUCACGCAAAUCUUGGGCAAAAUGAAGAAGAAGAAUCCCUGUCUGAUUGGAGAGCCCGGUGUUGGGAAAACGGUGAUAGUCGAAGGGCUUGCGCUACGUAUCACUGCCGGGGAUGUUCCUGAAACAAUUCAAGGGAAAACGGUUAUCAGCCUUGACAUGGGGCCCCUAGUUGCCGGUACCAAAUACCGUGGAGAGUUCGAAGAAAGGCUGAAGAACUUGAUGGAAGAACUCAAACAGAAUGGCGAGGUAAUACUGUUCCUCGAUGAAGUUCACACCCUGGUAGGAGCAGGAGCAGCAGAAGGUGCUAUCGACGCGGCCAACAUUCUGAAGCCAGCACUGGCAAGAGGUGAAAUUCAGUGUAUCGGAGCCACCACAUUCGACGAAUACGCCAAGCACAUUGAGAAAGACCCUGCGCUGGAGAGGCGGUUCCAGCCUGUGAAAGUUCUAGAGCCCACGGUUGAUGAAGCCAUAGGAAUUCUCAGAGGGCUCCAGGAGGGGUACGAGGACCACCACAAACUCCGAUAUACCGACGAGGCGCUGAUCGCCGCUGCUCGGCUCUCGCAGAGAUACAUCAGUAACCGUUUCCUCCCGGAUAAAGCCAUCGACUUGAUUGAUGAAGCGGGAUCUCAAGUCAGGAUACGUCAUGGCAAGGUACCUGAGGAAGUCAAGGAUCUCUGCAAGAAGCGCGAGGAAAUCAUCAAACGGAGGGACGACGCCGUCCGUUGCCAGAAUUUCGAGCUGGCAAAAGAGCUUCACAUGGAAGAGCUGGAGCUCACGUCCCAGAUCACGUCUGCCGUGCCGAUGGUCACCGAGGCGGACAUCCAGCGCGUCGUCUCCUCGUCGACCGGCAUCCCCGUGGAGAGGGUCUCCGCGGACGAGUCGGCCGGGCUGCUAACGAUGGAGGAGACCCUGCACCGGCGCGUCGUCGGCCAGGACGAGGCCGUGAAGGCCGUGAGCCGCGCCAUGCGCCGCUCGCGCGCCGGCCUUCGCGACCCCAGCCGGCCGAUCGCCAGCUUCGUGUUCGCCGGCCCGACGGGCGUGGGCAAGACGGAGGUCGUCAAGGCGCUCGCCGCGUGCAACUACGGCUCGGAGGAGGCCAUGGUCCGGCUGGACAUGAGCGAGUUCAGCGAGCGGCACGCGGUGGCGAAGCUGGUCGGGGCGUCCCCGGGCUACGUCGGGUACGAGGAGGGCGGGCAGCUGACGGAGGCGGUGCGCCGGCGGCCGUACGCGGUGGUGCUGUUCGACGAGGUCGAGAAGGCGCACAGGGACGUGUACAACAUGCUGCUGCAGGUGCUGGAGGACGGCAGGCUGACGGACGGCAAGGGGAGGACGGUGGACUUCCGGAACACCAUCAUCAUCAUGACGUCUAACGCCGGCAGCGGCGGCGACGGGGAGAUGACGGGCGUGAUGGUCGAGAAGGGGAUGAAGGAGAAGCACGGGUUCCCGCCGGAGUUCCUGAACCGGCUCGACGAGGUGAUCGUGUUCCGGGAGCUCACCAAGCCGGAGAUGAAGGAGAUCGCCUCCAAGAUGCUGGAGGAGGUCGUCCGCCGGAUGAGGGAGAAGGGGAUGGAGCUGCGGGUGACGGAGAGGUUCAAGGAGCUGGUGGCCGAGGAAGGCUACGACCGCAGCUACGGCGCGCGGCCGCUGCGGAGGGCCAUCACCAGGCUGCUGGAGGACAAGCUCGUGGACAUGAUGCUCGCCGGGGAGGCCAAGGAAGGGGAUUCGCUGACUCUAGAUGCUGACGCCGAAGGGAACGUGGUCGUCCACAACCGACGGGCUGGCUGA